AUGGUAGAGAUGCCAUAUUUCUAUCUGGUUAUUUCCUUGGGAAUAUCCUUUGUGAGCACCACGACGCUUUGCCCUGGUGGCUGUCGAUGCAUUGAAAAUGACGACACAAAGCAAACUGACGUAAUCUGCGAACGUCUUCAAAAUUUUCCAUCAUAUUUUCCGAAAAGAACAGCGCAACUUCAAAUUCUGUACUCGAACUUGAGCUCUAUUCCACAAAAUGCUUUCUCUCAGUCACCUGAGAUCAAAAGUGUCUACGUCAGAUUUUCUAACGUAGGGAUCAUUAGCAGUCUUGCGUUCACGAGUCUGCUUAAUCUCAGCGACAUAGAAUUCCAAAGAAAUAAUAUAACUAGAUUUGAAUCGUUUGCAUUUUCAAAUAUGAAUGUUUCGUCGAUCUCAAUUAUGUACAACAAUGUCGAUAUUAUUGAAUCACAUGCUCUCGCAAUAAUUAAAGCAGACGAUCAAAUCGUAUGUUCUAACAACUUUAUUGGCGAACUCCAAACUGCGUCAUUCAGUGACGUAAAGAAAACGAAAUUAUUCCAGUUUCAAAACAAUACCAUUGAAAUUGUAAGAGAAAAUUGUUUUACGAACUUCUCAUCUAUUAGGUCAUUUGACUUUUCAAAUAAUCAUUUCUUAAGUGUUGAACCACAAUUAUAUGAUACAAAAAUAAGUACAAUAUUUAUAAUGUUCAGUAACAGUAUUAAGUGCAAUUGUGAAAUAAACUGGAUUUUUGAUAACCCCUUCUAUAAGAACUUCAUAGAUUACAAUUACUGUGAUGUAAGGACGAAAAACUCUGAGAAAAUUCCUCUGUCUGACUGGUAUCAAAGCUACCUAACCAUGUGUAGGCCAACAACUACGAAAAGAAUCCUACAGGAAUCGACCUCACCGACAUCUACAACUAAGGAACGUCAUCCAACGUCAUCAUCCCCGAAUCAGACAUUGUUGAUUACGUCACUGCGUGCUGAGUUAUCUUCGUCCAAAGAGAAAUUUACGACUGCAUCUGUUCAUGUCAAGGCCACAUCGCAAAGAACACAUUUAAAGACAACUGGAAUCGUAGAUCUCUCAACAACCACAAAAACAUCAACUUUCUCUACAACUGAUGUAAAACUGAGUUCCUCCCAUGUGGAAGAAGCAUCUAAAACAACUGAAAGUCAAUCUCCCCCUGCGACACCUAGAUCUGGGUCUCCAGGCACUCUCGGGGACAGCCUCAAAGUCAAAACAGGAAUUCUUGUGACGCUAAUAACUUGUCUGUUUAUUUGUGUUUUGAACAAUGUUGACUAA